UGAAAGGUCUUACACAUAACGGUAACAUAUGAAGUAAGAAUGAGGCAGAAAAGUAGUCAAUCUGGAACCGAUUUAUUAAAAUUGGAUUUACACCCGUGAAGUAAAUUUGUCGAUGUGAUUUCAAACUCAAACCGCAGAAACUGAUCUUUCGUUAUAAUGGAAACGUGGGAAAACCAUAAGACACUGAAGUGGCUCCAUGAUCCAUGAUUGGCUUACAAAAGACACGUGAUGUGAUGCUAAGCCAUGUCGGAAAACUCCGAAUUUAUUGAGAUGGACAAACACAAUCUUCUCGUCUUAGUCUAAUAUGCUAUUUUUACUACAACUGUGUAUAAUUUUUCCUAUUUGGACAACAUUUUAGAAGCUAGCAUGUUUAGCGACGAGACCGUAGACUCAGUCUGUGUCCAGUCACUAUGGAGACAGUCCCAACACUCGGAGCAGGAUUCGAGAAGCUGCCAGACCAAACAGCUGCGGAGUGCAGACGCAGAGGCACAAUCUGUGAUCACCAGCUUUAGCGGUACACAAACCCAGUUCGAGGACAAAGAUGAGCACACUCUGUAUGAACCAAACCCAAAGGAACUCGACAAACCUGAACUAAAGCACUUUCUGGACCGAGUGGUGGAAAGUGUUAUCCGAGAGCUAGUCAAAAAUGCCAGAAGUCACGCAUUUGACGGAUUUAAAGUCAGCUGGGAGGACCACAGUGAUCUUGUUUCAUGUCUUCACUGUCUUGAGCAUCCCAGCGCUAAGGAGAGAGGUCUACAUGUGACGUGUAUAUCCUGGAACUGUACUGGUUCUGUUGUUUCCUGUGGUUUUGGCCGGAUAGAUGAUGGGGACUGGAGCACAGAAAAAUCUUUUGUCUGUACAUGGAACCUGAACAGAAAAGGCCUGAGUCCCACACAUGCUGACAUGGUCAUAGAUGUCCCAACAGCAGUAACGGCUCUGUGCUGUCACCCAGACCAGCCAGCCCUCAUAGCAGGGGGUCUUUACAGUGGAGAAGUGGUAGUUUGGGACACUAGCCGCACUCAGGAUACAGUGUUGGCCCAAACCAGUAUAUUGGCAGACAGUCACAGAGAGCCAGUUUAUAAGGUGUCAUGGAUGACCCUUCAGAAGAAGGGUGUGUUUGGGAUUCUCAGUGCUUGUUCUGGAGGAAGAAUCCUUCUGUGGAACUUGGACCAAAGCAGCCUAAUUCUCAGCACAGGCUAUGCGUUAAUUUUGCAACAAGUUCCUCAUAGCAAUAGUGCUGGCUUUAAGACAAAAGGCAGUAGUAACAUUGGGGUCACUGCUCUGGCUAGAUCAUUCUGGGAUUCUGACACAUUCUUGGUUGGUUCGGAGGGAGGCUGGCUCCUCAGAUGCUCUUUCUCAUCUCAGAAGCUGGCAAUGGUUGCUUCUGAGGGCCAGAGUGUCUCAUUAAGAGCCCCAGCGGUCUUUUCAUUUAGAAAACACAGUGGUCCUAUUCAUUCUAUACACUGUUCUCCUUUCCACAGAAACCUCUUUGUAAGUGCUGGGACGGACGGACUCGCGCACAUCCACUCUCUGCUCCAGGCCAACCCAGUGCUUUCUGUCAGAGUUUCUGAUUCUUACAUUUUCCAGGUGCAAUGGUCCCCAAGCAGACCUCUAGUGUUUGCUGCAGCAAGUAGUCAAGGUGAGGUGCAGAUUUUUGAUCUAGGACAUGGGUCUUUGAAGCCUACUGCCACCAUUGAGAAGGGUGGCAGUGGUCAAGCUGCGACGUGUUUGGCAUUUAACUCCCAGAACACUCACCUCUUGGCUGUGGGGAAAACUGAUGGCACAGCCAGCAUAUGGCAGCUCAGUGGUGACUUGACAGAGCAGGGCCCUAGAGAAAUCAGUCAGCUAGACCACAUAGCCAAACAAGUGGCAGAAUGAGAUGUGUUAACCUUUGGAUGAACUGAAAAAAAUCUUUAAUAAAUACACAAAACAACAUGUUUCCAGUUCUAACCAGAAGCGUUUAAUAAAAGCACACUGCAGUUUUCAAGGUGUUUACAUUAACAGUGUAUUAUUCAGUGAAAGCAAAUGCUAAAACGGCUAAACAUUCACGUUCAGAUACAGACAGUUAUUAUAUUAUUAGAAGCACAUAGUUAGGACAAAGGUAAAUGGCUAUCACUGAGUAUUUCUAGUGCCACAUUCAUGCAGUUUCAGCUUUGUGUCUGAGUGUGAAGCAAACGCAUCUCGAUUGAUCACUGGGGAGCUAUGAAUCAGUUAACAAAAAGCGAGCGGGUAAAUUCAACAAAGUCGAAUGCUGAGGGCAUCUCGCGACCCUUGCUGUCUAAGUAGGGUUUCAUGUGUGACAGGCAGUAGUCUGCCUGCUCCUUGGUUAAAUUCUGAAAGAAACAGAGAGUUAGACAUUGCAUUGCAUUGAAUCUGUAUUCUAAUAAAAGGCACACAUCUUA